AUGUCGCAUGGAGAUGAAACGCCGGAAACGCAGGGCGUUAGACUACCUGCUAUCCAGAUUGCAACAAUUCCGGAAGUGAAGACACCGGAUGUCAAACCGACGCCAUCUGGAGGUCGACUUGAAGGUGCUUCUUCAUCUUUUAUUUAUCGUGGCAACAAGCGAUACCAAAUUCUAGAAUCACAGGGUUUCGUUGUGGGUAAAACACUUGGACAAGGAUCUUACGCUACAGUAAAGGCAGCUUACGAUGUAAACCGAAAACAUAAAGUAGCCGUCAAAGUUAUUUCUAAAAAAAAGGCACCCGAAGAUUAUUUAACAAAAUUCUUACCGCGAGAAAUAGAAAUUGUGAGAAUUCUCCGUCAUCCGGCUUUGGUGACAUUCUACCAAGUUAUUGAAACAACCAGUAGAUUUUUCUUGGUAAUGGAAAUUGCCGACAAUGGAGAUCUUUUAGAAGCUAUCCGAACUCAGAAGCAGAUUCCCGAAAAUCAAGCGGGAUUGUGGUUCAAGAGUUUACAUGACGGAAUUCUUUAUAUGCAUGGGCGCGGAAUCGUACAUCGAGAUUUAAAAUGUGAGAAUCUUUUAAUAGACACCACCAACACUCUCAGAAUUACAGAUUUUGGUUUCUCUAGAAGAAAUUUACGCGGGAAAUUGGGCGAGAUUAUAUAUAGCGAAACUUACUGUGGUAGCUACGCCUACGCCCCACCAGAAAUAUUAAAAGGUAUUCCAUAUAAUCCAUUUCUAGCUGAGGUUUGGAGCAUGGGAGUUGUUUUAUUUACGAUGGUUUAUGGUCGUCUGCCAUUCGAUGAUUCAGAUCACAAAAGAUUACUGAAGCAAACGCAAGCGCGUGUUGUCUUUCCCGCCAAGUCGGAUGUUUCUGAAGAAUGUCGAAUUCUCAUUCUGAAAAUGUUAAUAAAAGGCCAAGACAGGGUUCCUGUCCAUAACAUAGAGCAUGAUAAUUGGUUUAAAAAGGUAUGCUUACAAACGGCGGACAAAAUAGUGGGGGAGAUAACCGUGAAAGUACCUACUGCAGAAAAAAUUGAUAUAAAUAAUCAGAGUUCCGGAAAAGCUGGAGACCAAGGAAUGUUUCUGGGUGUGGAUGAACCUGGACAAAUAGCUAGAACUUCGACAGCGAAAACUGUCAUUCCCCAAAAUGAUGAUUUUUAA